GCGUGUGCACCCUCCUCUUCUGUGGCCGACUCACUGUCUGGAGUUUGGUUGAGAGUGUGCUGGAUGGUGGGGAGUACCACUGAUGAGAGAGCGGACUGAAGAAGGGACUUAAAUAGCACGACUACGCGUAUCUGCUGGACACUGUUAAACUCCCGGACAGUUUCUUCGUCUCUUGUGUGCGGUGGCCAAGUCUGCUUCUGGUUCCCAGUAGCGAUGUCACAGAGGAGUGGGCAGGAGGACCCGGAGCGGUACCUCUUUGUAGACCGCGCCGUGGUCUACAACCCGGCUGCCCAGGCUGACUGGACUGCCAAAAGACUGGUAUGGAUCCCGUCAGAACGCCAUGGCUUUGAAGCUGCCAGCAUUCGUGAGGAGCGUGGAGAUGAGGCGGUGGUGGAGCUGGCUGAGAAUGGGAAGAAGGCUAUGGUCAACAAGGAUGACAUUCAGAAGAUGAACCCGCCAAAGUUCAGCAAAGUAGAGGACAUGGCUGAACUCACCUGCCUGAACGAGGCAUCCGUGCUUCACAACCUCAAAGACCGGUACUAUUCUGGCCUCAUUUAUACGUACUCUGGUCUCUUCUGUGUGGUCAUAAAUCCCUACAAAAACCUGCCCAUCUACUCGGACAACAUAAUUGAGAUGUACCGUGGCAAAAAGAGGCACGAAAUGCCCCCACACAUCUACGCCAUCUCAGAGUCUGCAUACAGGUGCAUGCUGCAAGAUCGAGAGGACCAAUCUAUUCUUUGCACAGGUGAGUCAGGCGCUGGCAAGACUGAAAACACAAAAAAGGUCAUUCAGUACCUGGCACACGUUGCCUCCUCCCACAAAGGAAGAAAAGACCACAACAUUCCUCCAGAAUCACCUAAACCAGUGAAACAACAGGUUCAAAAUGCUGUUAGUGGACCCCUGUUUUAUGGUGAAUUGGAACGUCAGCUUUUACAAGCCAACCCCAUCUUGGAAUCUUUUGGGAACGCUAAGACGGUGAAAAAUGACAACUCAUCACGAUUUGGAAAAUUCAUCCGGAUCAACUUUGAUGUCACUGGAUACAUUGUUGGAGCAAAUAUUGAAACCUACUUACUGGAAAAAUCCAGAGCUAUUCGUCAAGCCAAAGAUGAGCGUACAUUCCACGUUUUCUACCAGCUGCUGGCUGGAGCUGGAGAGCAUCUCAAAUCGGAUCUGCUUUUGGAGGGAUUCAAUAACUAUCGUUUCAUGUCCAAUGGUAACAUCCCAAUCCCGGGACAGCAAGACAAGGAAAACUUCCAGGAGACGAUGGAGGCCAUGCACAUCAUGAGCUUUGGCCAUGAGGAGAUUUUGGCAAUGUUGAAGGUCGUGUCCUCGGUGCUUCAGUUUGGUAACAUCAUCUUCAAGAAGGAAAGGAACACUGACCAAGCCUCAAUGCCUGAUAAUACUGCUGCUCAGAAGCUGUGUCACUUGCUUGGUAUGAAUGUAAUGGAGUUCACCAGAGCUAUCCUGUCACCGAGGAUCAAAGUGGGAAGAGACUACGUCCAGAAAGCACAGACCAAAGAGCAGGCUGAUUUUGCUGUUGAGGCGCUGGCUAAAGCAACAUAUGAGCGCCUGUUCCGCUGGCUGGUCCAUCGCAUUAACAAAGCUCUGGACAGAACCAAACGACAGGGUGCCUCCUUCAUCGGCAUCCUAGACAUCGCUGGUUUUGAGAUUUUCCAGUUGAACUCAUUUGAGCAGCUGUGCAUCAACUACACCAAUGAGAAGCUGCAGCAGCUCUUCAACCACACCAUGUUCAUCCUGGAGCAGGAGGAGUACCAGAGAGAGGGCAUCGAGUGGAGCUUCAUCGACUUUGGCCUGGACCUGCAGCCCUGCAUCGACCUCAUUGAGAGGCCGGCAAACCCCCCAGGAGUGUUGGCUCUACUGGAUGAAGAGUGCUGGUUUCCAAAGGCUACAGACAAGACCUUUGUGGACAAGCUGAUCCAGGAACAGGGAACACACACUAAGUUUCAGAGGCCCCGUCAGCUCAAGGAUAAAGCUGACUUCUGCAUCAUCCACUAUGCUGGCAGGGUGGACUAUAAAGCAGACGAGUGGUUAAUGAAGAACAUGGACCCUCUGAACGACAAUGUGGCCACUCUUCUUCAUCAGUCAACUGACAAAUUUGUUGCUGAACUUUGGAAAGAUGUUGACCGCAUUGUGGGCCUGGACCAGGUGACGGGAAUGAAUGAGACAGCAUUUGGUGCUACCUAUAAAACAAAGAAGGGCAUGUUUCGUACAGUGGGACAGCUCUACAAGGAGUCACUCACCAAGCUCAUGGCCACAUUAAGGAACACCAACCCUAGCUUUGUCCGCUGCAUCAUCCCCAACCACGAAAAAAGAGCUGGUAAACUGGAGCCUCACCUGGUUCUAGACCAGCUCAGGUGUAAUGGAGUCCUAGAGGGGAUUCGUAUUUGCAGACAGGGCUUCCCCAACCGCAUUGUCUUCCAGGAGUUCAGACAGAGAUAUGAGAUUCUGACACCCAACGCAAUCCCCAAGGGAUUUAUGGAUGGAAAACAAGCCUGUGAAAGAAUGAUCCGAGCCCUAGAGCUUGACCCUAACCUGUUCCGAAUCGGUCAGAGUAAGAUCUUCUUCAGGACAGGUGUUCUGGCUCACCUGGAGGAGGAGAGAGACCUGAAGAUCUCUGACAUCAUCAUCUACUUCCAGUCUGUUUGCCGUGGAUACUUGGCACGCAAAGCCUUUGCAAAGAAGCAGCAGCAGCUCAGUGCACUAAAGGUCCUCCAGAGGAACUGUGCUGCUUACCUGAAGCUACGACACUGGCAGUGGUGGAGGCUUUUCACCAAGGUGAAGCCUCUGCUGCAGGUCACCAGGCAGGAGGAGGAACUGCAGGCCAAAGAUGAGGAGCUGGUAAAGGUGAAGGAAAGACACGUCAAGAUGGAGAAUGAGAUAGUCGAGAUGGAGAGGAAACACCAACAGCUCGUAGAAGAGAAGAAUAUUCUGGCAGAGCAACUCCAUGCAGAGACAGAGCUUUUUGCUGAGGCAGAGGAGAUGAGAGUCCGUCUGCUCUCGAGGAAGCAAGAGUUGGAGGAGAUACUUCACGACCUGGAGUCAAGGGUGGAGGAGGAAGAGGAGAGGAACCAAAGCCUGCAGAAUGAGAAGAAGAAGAUGCAGUCACAUAUCCAGGACCUGGAGGAGCAGCUUGAUGAAGAGGAAGCUGCAAGACAGAAGCUACAGUUGGACAAGGUGACAGCUGAGGCAAAAAUCAAGAAGAUGGAGGAGGACAUUCUGCUACUGGAGGACCAAAACUCCAAGUUCCUCAAGGAGAAAAAGUUGCUGGAGGACAGGAUCGGAGAGAUGACCUCACAGCUGACUGAGGAGGAGGAGAAGGCAAAGAACCUCGGCAAGGUCAAGAACAAGCAGGAGAUGGUAAUGGCUGACCUGGAGGAACGUUUAAAGAAAGAGGAGAAAACCCGCCAGGAGCUGGAGAAGGCCAAGCGCAAACUGGAUGCUGAGACCACUGACCUGCAGGACCAGAUCAUGGAGCUUCAGGUCCAGGUAGAGGAGCUGAAGAUCCAACUUACCAAGAAAGAGGAGGACAUGCAGACUGCUCUGGCCAGGGGUGACGAAGAGGCCGUCCUGAAGAACAAUGCCAUGAAGCAGGUUCGAGAGCUGCAGGCCCAACUUGUUGAGCUUCAGGAGGAUCUGGAGUCAGAGAAGAUAUGUCGAAGUAAAGCAGAAAAACUCAAGAGGGAUCUGAGUGAGGAGCUUGAAGCUCUGAAGACAGAGUUGGAGGACACACUGGACACAACUGCUGCCCAGCAGGAACUCAGGACCAAGCGAGAGCAAGAGGUGGCAGAGCUGAAGAAGGCCAUAGAUGAGGAGACCAAAAACCAUGAGGCUCAGAUCCAGGACAUGAGACAAAGGCAUGCGACAGCACUAGAAGAAUUGUCUGAGCAGCUCGACCAGGCCAAGAGGUUUAAGGCCAACCUGGAGAAGAACAAGCAGGGUCUAGAGAGUGACAACAAAGAGUUGGCCUGUGAGGUGAAGACUCUGCAGCAGACAAAGUCAGAGUCAGAACACAAGAAGAAGAAACUGGAGGCCCAGCUGCAGGAGUUCAUGGCCAGGGCCACCGAGGGUGAGAGGGCCAAGGGUGAGCUGGCUGAACGCUCACAUAAACUCCAGACUGAACUGGACAAUGUUUCCACUUUGCUGGAGGAGGCAGAGAAGAAGGGCGUCAAACUGGUCAAGGAGGUUGACAACCUGAACAGCAAACUACAAGACUUAGAGGAGUUGAGGCAGGAGGAGACUCGUCAGAAGCUGAAUCUGAGCGGCCAAAUCCGCCAGCUGGAGGUGGAUAAGAGCACUUUGUUGGAGCAGCAGGAGGAGGAGGAGGAGGCAAGACGCAACCUGGAGAAACAGCUCCAGUCAGUGCAAGCUCAGCUGUUUGAGACAAAGAAGAAACUGGAGGAGGACAUAGGAAUGAUGGAGAGCCUGGAGGAUGCAAAGAAGAAACUUCAGAAGGACAUGGAGUUGACCAGCCAGCGUCUAGAGGAGAAGACCAUGGCCAUGGACAAGAUGGAAAAGACAAAGAAUAGACUGCAACAGGAGCUGGAUGACCUGAUGGUGGACCUGGACCACCAGAGACAGAUUGUCUCCAACCUGGAGAAGAAGCAGAAGAAGUUUGACCAGAUGCUGGCUGAGGAGAAGACCGUCUCAGCUCGAUACGCUGAGGAGCGUGACCGUGCAGAGGCUGAGGCCAGAGAGAAGGACACCAAGGCUCUGUCUAUGGCCAGAGCUUUGGAGGAGGCCUUGGAGGCUAAAGAGGAGCUGGAGCGGUUUAAUAAGCAGCUUCGUGCUGAUAUGGAAGACCUGAUGAGCUCCAAGGAUGAUGUAGGAAAGAAUGUCCAUGAACUUGAGAAGUCCAAGCGUAUGCUGGAGCAGCAGGUGGAGGAGAUGAGAACUCAGCUGGAGGAGCUGGAGGAUGAGCUGCAGGCCACAGAAGAUGGCAAAUUGCGCCUGGAGGUCAACAUGCAGGCAAUGAAGGCUCAAUUUGAUCGAGACACACAGGCCAGAGAGGAGCAGGGAGAGGAGAAGAAGAGGGCACUGGUCAAACAGGUGCGUGAGAUGGAGGCAGAGUUGGAGGAUGAAAGGAAGCAGAGAGCUCUCUCUGUUGCCACCAAGAAGAAGUUGGAGAUGGACCUGAAUGAGCUGGAGGGACAGAUCGAGGCUGCCAACAAAGGCAGGGAUGAGGCUGUCAAACAGCUGAGGAAACUACAGGCUCAGAUGAAGGACUAUCAGAGGGAGCUGGAAGACGCCAGAUCCUCCAGGGAUGAAAUCUUCACCCAGUCCAAGGAGAACGAGAAGAAGCUCAAGAGCCUAGAGGCUGAAAUCUUACAGCUACAGGAGGACCACGCAGCAUCUGAGAGAGCACGGCGACAUGCUGAACAGGAGAGGGAUGAGCUGGCUGAUGAGAUCUCCAACAGUGUCUCUGGAAAGUCAUCACUGCUGGAGGAGAAGAGGAGGCUGGAGGCUCGAAUCACCCAGCUGGAGGAGGAGCUGGAGGAGGAGCAGGGCAACACUGAGAUGGUCAACGACCGCUUGAGAAAAACCACCCUUCAGGUGGAAAGUCUGACCACUGAAUUGUCCGGCGAGCGCAGUGCUGCACAGAAGAGUGAAAAUGCCCGACAACAGAUGGAACGGCAGAACAAGGAUUUGAAAGCCAAACUGGCAGAGCUGGAAGGGACUGUCAAGUCAAAAUUUAAAGCAUCCAUCGCUGCCCAGGAAGCCAAGAUCCUGCAGCUGGAGGAGCAGCUGGAGCAGGAAGUCAAGGAGAGAGCAGCAGCAAACAAAAUUGUCCGUCGCACAGAGAAGAAACUGAAGGAGGUGAUGUUGCAGGUGGAGGAUGAGCGUCGCCAUGCAGACCAGUACAAGGAGCAGUUGGAGAAAGCCAACACUCGUUUGAAACAGCUGAAGCGUCAACUGGAGGAGGCAGAGGAAGAAGCCACCAGGGCAAACGCCUCCCGCAGGAAGCUGCAGAGGGAACUCGACGAUGCCACUGAAGCCAGCGAGGGCCUCACACGGGAGGUCAACUCCCUCAAGAACCGCCUCAGGCGUGGGGGUCCGGUCAGUGGCUUUUCUUCCAGUCGUUCCGGCCGCCGCAACCUCAAUCUGGACGGUGCCUCAGUCGACAUGUCUGAUGACGAUGCUGACAGCCGCACCAGUGACUUCAACGAGACGCAAAUCUCUAGCGUCGAGUAAUUACAGUGACACUUUCCUUUCUGGCUUUCUCCUUUCUUUCUCCUUCUUGCGUCACCUCUCUCCACCUUCUCUCCAACUUAUCCACCUGUGACCUGCGCCCUGUUUUCCCUUUCAGUCAGCAUGGUCUGUCUUUAUUUCAAGCCCCAGACAGGAAUGGAAGAUUGGGGCGAUGAGCUGUGCAGAGUUACCUCCAUAGCAGUGUACCUCUGCCCUGUUGGUAUCAGUUUUCACUGGAGAGAAAAUCCCCCACCCUCCCCCCGAAGAAAAACCUCCAAACCCACAGGAGGAGGUGUCACAGGAGCAAAACAGCCUUUUCUGCUUUACUCUGCUCAUAUGGCCGCUGCUUGUCCUGGUUGGUCUGUCAGCCAUGUGUCAUCUCAGCAUCAAAACACAACCCCUCCCUUCAUGAAGUCAUCCGGCAAGCUUAUUGAGAAGUAUGCAGAGGUACAAAGUGCUUUUUAUACACAUACAUCUAGUACGUAACGUAUGUGAACACGCUCCCUACUGGAUGAAUGCAGGACUACAAGGAAACGUGUUGGCACUGUUGUAGGUUUUCUGCUCAGCAGUUGUAAAAGCCAUUUCACACCCGACACACUACCUGCUUUUUUGUUUGUUUGUUUGUUUGGGUUUUUUUAGACAGAAACACGAGGCUCAUGUCACGGUGCCCUCUGGUCUGCCACGCCUGCUGCUUUUGUUGCAUGAGCCUCCCGCCGAUGUACAGACUACAACAUUACAGGGACGACUAACAUCUUGGGACAUGUACUACAGCAACAUAAACAAAACUGAAAAUGUAUUACUGUGAAAAAAAAGAGAGAGUGUUUUAUUUUCUCUGUUGCUUCAUCUCAAACAUUAAUGAAGGAAUGUCUAGCUGAGGUUUAAACUCAGUUGCUUCAUACUCUUGUUAUACUCCAGUUUGCUGAUGACGCAUAGAUGUUGGAAAAUGCACAAAAACUGCACCGGAUGUUGUCUGAUUUUUUUAAAACUGGAAAUCAACGGUGGACAAACCUCUUACUGGAAACACUCAAGUGGCACUUUGUCAGUAUUUGCUUAAUUUAUAGUUUGAUUAGUAAUGGAGACCAAAGGAAAAAUGUCUACAUUUCAUUACAUUUAACAGAGCUAAGUGUCAUUUUUUUCUGAACAAUAAAUCUGAUCGCAUCUUUUCAAACAAAAAAGGUCAAUAAGCACUUAACUACUGUUCUGGAGGGUUUUUUUUAACAUUAGGAUAAAAAAUAAAUCCACAUGUUGGCACCAAUUUUAUCACUUUUUUUUAAACCCAUUCCAAAGUUGUGACUAUUUGUUUAUUCAAACAAGCAUAAUUACAUGGAAUUUGCACAACAUGAAACAAAAUUACAAGCAUGUUUUAGUCAUUUGUCUGUGCCAAUGUUGACAUGAGUCAUUUCAGGUAACUUUGAUUGAGAAGCAGGUCAUAAUGUGUCCAUUUGCCCUGCACCUGUUCUUGAGCCUUUGUCGUCAUCGGUUCUUGAAGGUUUCAUGGAAUGUAGAUACAUCUCCCAGACCUGAUUUAUUUGUAGUGACACAAACUGUUGUUGUUUUAGUUUUCUUUAAACAGCAUUUUUGUGAGGCCAACUCAACUAGUUCAGCCACUCCUGUUAAGUUUGAAAUGCCGGGGUACUCGUAUCCAUCUGCCAGAUCAUCUUUUAUUUAAUCUUCUUUUCUCCCUGGAUACACUGAUGAGGCUACUCGUCUAUGGCAGACCCUUCUCCUAAAAUGUGACACUUAACAGUAUGUUUCUUUAAAAGUGCCUUGGACACUAAAUAAGAACAUAAAGCAGCAAAGAUGUCAUUACAGAUGUGGAACAAAAUCAUAAUGACAUGAAACUGGUUCAUUAAAAAUACAGUCAACACUUCUUUUUUCUUUUGUAUUGUUGCUGUGCUUCAUAUCAUAUUCACCAUGUAACUCUGUGCAAAUCCUUCUAGCUAUGAGUAUUGGGGUCAAAAUCCGUAUUACAGUAUUAUGAUUAACUACAUGAGAUGCAGGAGCCUUUGGCAGCUCCAUGUCCCUUCAUUAUUUUUGAACAACACGUGCUUUCCUGUACAACCACUCAUCCGUAAGUGUUGAUGUUAUUUUGGGAAUCGAUGCACCACACAGGAUUUCACUUGGUUGCAAGCUUUAACAUCCACAAGUAGUUAACUCAUGUUUAUUAUCCAGCUGGCUGUUGACAACCAGGCAUUCAACUGCAAAUACUCCCAUCGUAUUAUUUCUUGUAUACCUGUAUUUCUAGAUGGUCAUUUGUUUCUGUUUUGUUUUUGUAAAAGGAAAAUAAAGCAUUUUCAUCGUA